AUGUAUCGUUCAAUGCGUCGAUUGCCGCGACGCCUUCCGAUUGCUCCUACUGUUUCCUUGCGGGCAUUACGAUCUUUCACAUGCGGUUAUCCUCGGAUGACGCCUGUUAACCCUCCCGUAUCCACCACCCUCCCCUCAGACGCGUACCAGCUGCUGUCCACCCAAGAAAAAGCUGGUGCCGCUGAAGAUGCGCUCUACGAACAACAAAUUCGCGAUGUGGAAGCAUGGUGGAGGUCGCCUCGCUACGAAGGCAUCAAGCGUCCCUACACAGCGGCGGACGUCGUGAGCAAGCGUGGCUCUUUGCAACAAACAUACCCUAGCUCGUUGAUGGCGCGGAAGCUUUUCAAUCUUCUCAAUGAGCGAGCGGCUGCUGGUCAGCCCGUUCAUACCAUGGGAGCUAUUGACCCCGUACAAAUGACACAGCAAGCGCCCAACCAAGAGAUUCUCUACGUUUCUGGCUGGGCUUGCUCUUCACUCUUGACGAGUACCAAUGAGGUAUCCCCCGAUUUCGGCGAUUAUCCCUACAACACUGUGCCGAACCAGGUGCAGCGCCUGUUCAAGGCGCAGUCGAUGCACGACCGUAAGCAGUGGGAUGCCAGGCGCAAAAUGACUGCCGAGGAGCGCAAAUCUACGCCUUACACUGAUUAUUUGCGACCAAUUGUUGCGGAUGGUGAUACUGGCCACGGUGGUCUAUCGGCCGUUCUCAAACUCGCCAAGCUCUUCGCAGAGAAUGGUGCUGCCGCCGUUCACUUCGAGGAUCAGUUGCAUGGUGGCAAAAAGUGCGGGCAUCUUGCAGGCAAAGUGCUCGUCCCAAUGGGCGAACACAUCAACCGACUGGUCGCUGCUCGCUUCCAGUGGGAUAUGAUGGGCUGUGAGAACUUGGUUAUUGCCCGAACCGACUCCGAGAGCGGUAAACUCAUCAGCAGCGCUAUCGAUGUUCGUGAUCACGAAUUCAUCCUUGGUGUCGCGGAAGAUGUGGAGCCUUUGGCCGAGACUCUUCAGGCCAUGGAGCGAGAGGGCGCAUCGCCUAAGGAAAUUGACGCAUAUGAGCUCGAGUGGGUCAAGAAGCACAAGCUUGUGACCCUCGACGAAGCUGUCGACGCCCACCUUGAAUCAGAGGGAGCUCCCCAGUCUUCCCGGGAUGCCUACAAGGCCUAUGUCAAAAGCAAUCCCGACCUCUCCUUCUCUCGCCGCCGUGCCCUAGCAAACGACUACGCCAAGACGCCCGUUGUCUGGUCGUGUGAUAGCCCGCGUACUCGUGAGGGCUUCUACCACUACCGUGCAGGAUUCCCUGCUGCCACCAAGCGCGCGAAGGAAUUCGCUCCCUACGCGGAUCUCCUCUGGGUCGAGACCGGUGAUCCUAAUGUCGAGAAGGCCGGAACACUAGCUGGCGACGUGCGCGCAGCAUAUCCCGGCAAGAAGCUUGUCUACAACCUCAGCCCUUCAUUCAACUGGAUGGCCCAUGGAUUUGAUGAGGCCUCGCUCAAGUCUUUCGUUUGGGAUAUCGCCAAGCAAGGAUUCGUUCUCCAACUCAUUUCUCUGGCUGGUUUGCACAGCAACGCCACUAUCACAACCGAACUGUCCCGCGCGUUCAAGGACGAGGGAAUGUUGGCUUACGUCCGUCUUGUCCAGGCUCGCGAAAAGGAGCUCGGCGUCGACGUCCUCACCCACCAGAAGUGGAGUGGUGCCCCAUACAUGGAUAGUAUUAUGGGUGCUAUCCAGAGUGGAAGCAGCAGCAGCAAGAGCAUGGGCGAGGGUAACACCGAGAAAGAUUUCUGA